CAGAUCAAGACGCCGGAGAAGUCUCCUCACUGCGGGGGUCAGCCUCACUCACAGGGAGAGGAAGCGGACAGCGCAACGCUGCUGAAUGUUAAUCACGGACUUUUAUUCUCAAUCGCUGGACUACCUUUAAGUUGGGGGAAAAAAUAAACUGAAACCUGAGGUCAACGAAGACGAGGGCGCAACAUCUCUAACAAAAAGCCCCGACUGCACAAAUGCAUAAAUGAUCGCGCGAUGGACAGCUGAGGGCAAGUUGGACCUGGACUUUUUCCAUGCGCUCUUUUUGCGCGUUGGGCUCUUCCGUGCCAAGGACGCCUUUUGACAAGUGCAGGAGGUCCAUGCGUCCUGUUUGUGUGGCGAAACUGGGUGGUUUUGUUUGAUCUACAAAGCACAAGUAACUUGGCCAAGUGGACUAUACCUACAGAGACGUCCGCGCUGCGUAAUUUUGGCAGCCAUAUCAACCUGUAGCCGAAGACCGGUUGCCCACUGAAGCUAAGCAGGGUUGAGCCUGGUCAGUACCUGGAUGGGAGACCUCCUGGGGAAAACUAAGGUUGCUGCUGGAAGAGGUACACACUAGCAAAAAUGCUGGCCAGUAUCGUUUUCAUUUGCUUCUUCUUUGCUGGUGCUAGUUUUGGAGACACCGAGCCUAAGGUAUUGCAUGAUGGAGCUUGCAAAUCUUUGUGCACCUGUAAAGAUAAAGAUGGACUCUUGUACAUAAACUGUGAGGAGAGAAACAUAAGCAAAAUCUUUGAUGUGCAAGUACCACCAGAUAUACCUUUCCAUCUAAAUCUAUACAAGAAUGACCUAGUGGAAUUACAAUCAGAGGAUAUGGAUGCUUUCAGGAAUGCUGUCACUUUACAUCUAGGAGCCAACAGCAUUCAGGAACUAGAACCUGGGGUAUUCAGUGCUUUGGGAUCCCUAAGAAAGCUUCACAUCAACAGCAAUUUCCUGGUGAUGUUGAAGGAGGACACAUUUCAUGGCUUGGUAAAUUUGGAAUACCUUCAGGCCGACACAAACUUCAUUCGGGUCGUGGAGCCUGGGGCCUUCAGUAAGCUUGUGCGUCUUAAAGUACUGAUCCUCAACGACAACUCCAUCGAGUUCCUUCCGAGCAACAUUUUCCGCUUCAUGCCUCUGACACAUUUGGAUCUGCGUGGGAACAAGCUAAAAACAUUACCCUAUGUUGGUUUCCUGGAGCACAUUGGUCGGAUAAUGGAGCUUCUAUUGGAGGACAAUGACUGGGUUUGUGAUUGUGAAAUCUUGCAUUUGAAGGUCUGGAUUGAGAACAUGCGAGCACAGUCAUCCAUUGGCGAGGUGGUUUGUAGUAGUCCCCAUCAUCUUAGGGGCACCACCUUGGCCAAGGUGAAAAGAGAUGUACUUUGCCCCUCCCAUGCUGACAUUAAUCUUGAAGAGCCCUCUAAGUCCCUUGACAUGGUCGUCACCCCAUCCACCAAGGUUGUUCAGAUACCAAAUGCCAAAGAUGACACAAAGCUCCCCACACCUGUGAAUGGCCUCGGGACAUUUUGCGUGUCAAUGUGUUCUUGUCACACUCACCCAAGUGCGGGUUUUUUAAUGCACUGUGAGGACCGAGGCAUUCAAAGGAUAUCUGAUCUGGGGAUUCUGGAACAAAGCCCCACAAAGCUUGUUUUAACAGGGAAUAUGAUACAAAGGCUUUUUAAAUAUGACUUUGUGACAUACGACAGUUUGGAAAUGCUAAAUUUGGCAAACAACCAAAUAGACUACAUCGACAAUGAGACCUUUCUGAGUUUGAGCAAUCUGAGAAAGCUGUACCUCAAUGGAAACCAGAUUGAGAAAAUCUCUGUUACAAUGUUUCUUGGCCUUCAUAACCUGGAAUACUUGUAUUUGGAGUAUAAUGUCAUUAAAGAGAUUGAAGCGGGAUCGUUCAACCCUUUAACAAAUCUGAAGCUUUUGUUCCUGAACAACAAUCUACUCAACACUCUCCCAGCACAAAUAUUCCGGAAUGUACCCCUGGUGAAGUUGAACCUACGUAAAAAUUUCUUUAUGCACCUACCGGUGAGCAACGUAUUGGAUCAGCUCAACUUUUUGGAGAAAAUCUAUCUUGAGGACAAUCCUUGGGACUGUAGCUGUGACUUGGUGAGCCUCAAACAGUGGGUGGAGAAUCUUGGUAAAGACACUGUGGUAGGGACCAUCUUAUGCCACACUCCUAGUAAGCUAAAUAGUGCUGAUGUAAGACACAUGAAGCAUGAUGUUCUCUGUCCUGGUUUGGUCACCUAUAAGUCCCUUCCUGGAGAAACUGAGAAUGGUUUUCCAUUCACAGCAGCACCAGAUGGUGGCACCAGUGGUUUCUUUCGAUCUUUGACAGACGCCGUGCCACUUUCGGUGCUCAUACUCUGCCUUCUCAUUCUCUUACUAAUCGUUAUCUUCUGUUCUGCUGGGAUUGUUGUGUUUGUGCUACACCGUCGACGAAGACAGGCCAAGAAGAAGCAGGUUGAGGAACAACCUCGUGAGAGCAGUCCUAUACACCUUCAUUACAGCAUGUAUGGCCAGAAGACAACCCACCAUGUAACAGAGAGGCAAGGAAUGGGCAUGUAUGAUGAACCAUCACGUAGCCCCAUCGUUCAGGUCUGCAGGAACCCUAGUUACUGCUCUCAGCACAAAGAAUACGAGCUAGAGGAGUACGACACAGAGAAACCUAAGUAUAUUUGCCACAGCAUCCUUAACAAGGAAAACGAAUCUCUCCUCACAGGACCCAACGUCAAGUUGAGGGCUGUUACUGACUUCCCUGCUGAGUUUAUGAGCCUUGGAGAUGCAAGUUCCUUGUACAAGAAUAUCUUAGAAAGGGAAGGGGAGCUUCAACAGCUUAGCCUCACCGACUAUCUCAGGAAAAACAUCUCACAUCUUCAGCCAGGUGUGGACAUGCAAGUCCCCAACCAUCACAAGGAGCUGAAAUUAAUGGAGACUCUUGUUUACACGAGGCCACGAAAAGUCAUGGUGGAACAGACUAAGAACGAGUACUUUGAACUCAAAGCCAACUUACAUGCCGAACCAGACUAUUUAGAAGUCUUAGAGCAUCAAACAACUUUCAACUGAGAUAAGUAUGCUAUAACAAUAAAAUUUGAGUUAACACAAUAUUCAAAGUGCCUUGACAGUUCAAUAUGAUUUCUGAUUUAGCCUGAAAGAAAAAUAAUGUGACAAUAUCAGAGCAGAGAAAACUCUUAUGAUGUGGACACAAUGUCUAAUUCCAGUUGUUUCUUGGACUUUUAGAGUAACCAUUCACUGGGACAUUGCAGAUAUUGGAUACAUUUUAACAAAUGCAGAUAUUUGGCAAUGAUUUGGUGUAAUCAUGUUCAUAAUACCAGGACAUUUGUUGUGCAAUGUAGAUAAUGCAUUAUCUUUUUGUUUACUACAUGGUAGUGAUGACUAUCAUAAAUUCACACAUUUCUGUUGGUGUCUUUAUUAUCUAUGUGACAGAUCUUUAAAGCUCUUCUUACCUGUAGCAAUGGACAAAGGCAUAUUUCUUUCUUUUUUUCUGUCAGACAGAAACAUUUAUGGCUAGUUAAAACAUUCCCUGAUUUGUUAUGUUUUGAUUUAAUGUGCCCAGUACAGUUUUUUGUCUACCUAGUCUCAUAGAAACAUGCUACUAUACCUGCACUGUUGCUAAAUUAUUUUUCAUGACUCAUUGUACGUAUCACAGCAGUUUCCUGGUGAAAUGAACACUAGAGGUGCUACAACAACAAUGACUUUUAUUACCUAAACACUUACUUUUCAGAUGACUUGUAAGGACUGUACAUUUUAAAGUUUGCAUUACAUAACCAACUACAUUUUAUAGCUUGUUCAACUGUGACCAAUUUACACAGUAGCUCAACUAAUAGAGUGUGCAUCUGCAAUGCAAAGGUCCUGAUUACGAUUCCUGAAGAGCAUGCAAGUCGAAACAUGAGUCAAAAAUGUCACGGAAGUGGUUGCUUAAGAAAUUGUGUUUUUCAUCUGAUGUAUGCUCUCUUUGACAUUAUUGGUUAGGUUUAGGUUUAGGGUAGGAAGGUAGAUUUUGAUGAUGUAAAACUUGAUAGAGCAUUAACCUUAAAAACCUCAUCUGUUUGAGAGAAAAUUGUACUUACUUUUAGCACCACUUAGCAGAUAUUUCACCUCAGAACUGCCGUAAUACAUGUAAAGAGUCACGUCAUUUUGUAAAAAAGUCGCCACAGUCACAUUUUUUCCAAGACAGCAGGCUGGUUUUUGUUUGUUCAUUAAUUAUUCAAUAAUAGUGGUAUCAAAAAUAUUGUGUAUUUAUAAAUAAAAAUGUCAAAUGAAUAAUUUUUCGACCCUGAGGUCAGACUUCAUGGAGGGAACCCAUUUACUGCGGCUGAAAUUGGCAUCUCAACUCGAAUUCUCAAUAUGCCUGGAGAGUUUGUUCACAAAUUAUAUCAUACAAACCCUCUUGCUCAUUAGCUCCACCGAUUCUGAUAUAGACAAAAACUCUGUUGGGCAUCCUUGGAGAAAAUAUAAAAGAAUUGCACUACUUAAAAUACGAUUUAAAGGUUGUUGAUGACAAUCACACGCUGUGGGGCCGCACCGUCCAUGCUAUUUUUCUCUAGCAUACCCAAGUAGUGUAGCUUCUGGUUUGUAUAAUAAUGUUGAUUAAAGAUCCUUUUGAAUACACAGAUCAUAUCCAACUAUUUUAUUUCAGCAUGACGGUUAUGCGGGGUGUUUUAUCUUCAUUAUCCGGCUAGAGAGAUAAAGAAAAAAAAAUGUAUAGAGACAAUAUGCACAUACAUUAUUGUGUUAAGCCUUGAGAUGUGUUAAUGUAUGGAAGAGCACCAUAGCUUUAUUUUGUACCAGUGUAGAUGAGAUUUAUUUAUUCUGUAUAUUUGUACAUAAUUUAACAUUUCUAUGUUUGUGUGCCUUUAAUGUGGUACCAAUUAAGCUGUAAAUAAAAAAUAA